AUGGGAGAACAUGACUUUGAGAAAUUGAAAUCACUCUUUAAAUCAGAGCAGCUGAGGACAUUACUUGCAAUCAAUAUCCUUGAGCACUAUUAUUACAACAUAAAGCUAAGGAAGAGGGUGCUGCAUAACAUACUGCCAAGACUAAGAUCCUUAAGGGCAUUAUCAUUGUCUCAUUACCAGAUUAAGGAGUUGCCAAAUGACUUGUUUAUCAAAUUAAAGCUCCUCAGAUUUUUGGACCUUUCUCUGACAUAUAUUGAAAAGUUGCCUGAUUCUGUUUGUGAAUUGUAUAACUGGGAGACACUUCUCCUGUCAGAUUGUAAUUAUCUUAAGGACCUACCGCUGCAGAUAGAGAAGUUGAUUAACUUGCGUCAUCUUGACAUAAGCAACACUUGGCGCUUGAAGAUGCCCCUACAUCUGAGCAAGUUGAAAAGCCUCCAAGUGCUAAUGGGAGCCAAGUUUCUUUUAGGUGGUUUGAGAAUGGAAGAUUUGGGUGAAGCACAGAACUUGUAUGGAUCUCUAUCUGUUGUAAAGUUGCAAAAUAUGGUUGAUAGAAGGGAAGCUGUGAAGGAAAAGAUGAGGGAGAAGAAUCAUGUUGAGAAGUUAUCAUUGGAGUGGAGUGACAGUAGUAGUGCCGACAAUUCACAAACUGAAAGAGACAUACUUGAUGAGCUAUGCCCACAUACAAACAUAAAAGAAGUCGAAAUCACUGGAUAUAGAGGGAAAAAAUUUCCAAAUUGGCUAGCUGAUCUUUCAUUUCUUAAGCUAGUACAAUUGUCUCUUAGAAACUGCAAGGACUGUUAUUCCUUGCCAGCACUAGGACAACUCCCUUGUUUAAAAUUCCUUUCGAUUAGAGGGUUGAAUGGACGGAAGAAUUCUAUGGUUGGAGUUGUUUUUGAUGAUGCUCAACUGUUUACAUCCCAAGUUGAGGGAAUGAAGCAGAUUGAGCCCACUAUCUUGAAGAGAAUUGAGAUAUCUCGUUGCCGGAAAUUGAAAUUGGAAGCGCCAGUUGGUGAGAUGAGUAUGUUUCUGGAGUAUGUUGGUGAGAUGAGUAUGUUUCUGGAUUGCAAAAAUGUGAUAUAUCACCUGAGUUACUCCCAAGAGCACGCGAAUUGUGGGUACAGGAUUGCCACAACCUUACUACGUUUUUGA